AUGAUUGAGUCGUUGAGUGAAUAUUUGGUGUCCGAAGAGGUCCUCAAUUCUCGCUUAAGACGACUGACAGACAACUCGUUGAGUUUGAACUCAAUUGCACUGAAAGAGGACACCGAGGGCUCACUUUUAGGACAUCCACUCGACGUAUAUCUCCUCAUCAGACGAAUGGCUAUCGACUUGAAAGAAGUGAACGAUUUGUUGCGAACCAAAGACCAUCGCUUAAGUGAUGUCCAAAUAAGACAAAUCGGUGAUCACUCUAACCAUACAAAUGCAUUGAAUGUCACGUUUGACUUCGACGCCGCGUUUGGAGUGAUAAGUCUCGUCAAUACCUAUGAUUUGGAUAUCAAGUCAUUAGCGAAUGGAUUCAUUAGAUCAAAGAGCAGUUCCGGUGCUGAAGUGACUUCAUAUGAAAAUCAAUUCAAAUUUGCUUUAAGUCUAAAUGCUUUCGACUGCUAUUUGAUUGGAAAACAAACGUUUGAUAACAAGGAGUACUCGAAUGCAAAGCAAUGGUUGACAGAAGCGGUCGAUAGAUUGGAUGACAUGACCAGCGAUGAGAUAAUUGCAGACAUUUUUAAUUACCUGUCGUUUUGUGAACUGAAAAUCGGAAAACCAAGUGAAGCCCAGAAAUAUAAGAGACUGUCGGCCGCUAUAAAGCCAGACAUCGAGACAAAUGAGUUGAUAUCAGAGAUCAAAGUGUUUAAUGACACGAAUACCACUUCUUCUCGUCUCAAAGAACCAAUUUAUCAUUCGUUUCAUUCGGCAAAUGUAUACCAAUUAUGUCGAGGAGAAAGACUUCUGAAUGACUCGAUUGUCUCGAAACUCAAGUGUUUUCACUUAAACACAACGAAAACAUCGUUUUUACGGUUGACUCGCAUUAAAGUGGAAGAGAUGUACAAAAGUCCGCAAAUCGUUGUAAUCCAUGAAUUGCUGUCGGAAUACGAGACACAAACCAUCAUCUCUAUGGCUCAGCCAUCAUUAGAAAGGCUAUACGUUUUUGGAGACGAGGGUAAAAGGGAUGUCAACGAUGGUAAUAGACGACUGGCCCAGGGUAGUAUUAUUUGGGACACACAGCACAAACUCAUGCACACUAUCAGCCGACGUAUCGGUGCCAUUACUGGCCUUAACAUGGAUUUUGUCGAACCGUACAAAGCUAUGAAGUAUAGGGUCGGCGGAUAUUUUAACGACAACUUCGACACGUAUUUUUACAAACCAAAUACAACAUACAUGGAGCGCAUCAUCACUUGGAUCAACUACCUGAGCGAUGUGGGUGCCGGUGGGGCCACAGUAUUCACACGUCUCAAUGUGACCGUACGACCCGCAAAAUACUCGGCAGUGUUUUGGCAUAAUUUGGACAAAUCAGGUGAACUCGACGGACAGACACUGCACAGCGGGUGUCCUGUUAAACUUCUUCUUCUCGUCCUUUUUCGUCGUCUUCUCCAACAUCUGAUCCACGCUUUCAUUCGUGAAGAGCUUUGUUUUGCCCAACAGUUUCAGUGUAUGGACUGUGAAACCGAUGAUAGGAAUCGAGAAUUCAAUGAAUCGAAUUCAACGGGAUAUCCGCGGACUCAGUCCUUAACUGAAUCCUCGGUCACUGACACCAAAACUGCUGAAGAAUUGCAUAAAUUAAUGCCACAAACGCUUAUGAGUUAUGAAGAGGAAGACAAGUCUGCAGAUGUAGUCAAAGCUGCGGUCACUCCCGAUGAGACAACACUACCAGUGGUGGCGCCUACUCUUGAAACCACUCCUGAAUCGCAAAAGUCUUCAGUUGAACGGACUUCUGGAUCUCAAUCGGUGCCCAACGAAGACAAUCAGAAUUGA